CGAUUAGCAUUGAUGAAGACUAUAUCAGGGGGAGUCGUAAGAUUGUGUUUGUACUUUGUGUUCCUUGGGCUCGUUGCAACGUGCCUGCAUUAUGGCUUUCAGGCUCAUCGCUUUACUUCUGGUUGUAGUUUCUGUGGCUUCGGCAGAACCUGGCCGUAUCGUAGACGGCAGCCCCACCACCAUCGAGGAGUUCCCCUACAUAGCGGCAUACACCUACACUUACCCUGGACCAGGCAUCACAGUCCAGCGAUGUGUCGGCGCUAUUCUCUCGUCCUUCCACGUGGUCACCACCAGCUUCUGCUUCACCGGCGCGGUACUGGAAAACAUGAAGGUCCGCGCAGGCUCCACAAACAGCCUGUCUGGCGGUGAGGUCCGCGAUAUCGCGCGGGUUAUCAAGCAUCCCGACUACGUUGAGGUCCCCAGAGCCGCCGACAUCGCCAUAACAGUUCUUUCUGCCCCCCUCUUCAUGACCAGCGCCAUCAACGCGCUGUUUCUGCCGGCGCAGAACCAGUACAUUGCGGACUAUACGAGCGUCAAAAUCGUCAGUUGGGGCUUUGAGUCGGAACAAGGACCGCAACUAGAGCAGCUGAAGACUGUGAACCUGUUGAAGAUACCGUUGCUCGAGUGCCAAGAGCGGUACAGUGAUGUCGACGACGUCGCCAUCGACGACCCUGUCCUAUGCGUUGGAGACCAAGGCGCGCAAGGCAUGUGCAUGGGUGACUCGGGCGCUCCCAUGGCCAUCGGACAAGUCCUAGUCGGGGUCUCAUCAUUCUACAAGGGUUGCGGAGACCCAACUUUCCCUGACGUGUUCACCCGUAUUGACAGAUACACGGAUUGGAUACUAGAGGUCGCUACUGCGGCGAAUGUUAGGGCAAAUGUGAGUGCUGUUAGAACUAGCCCGGUUGUAUCGUCGUGAGAUUUGUGUACAAUAAAUUGUGCAUAUUCAGAAUUGCGUUAUUA